AUGCAGUACAAGAAGACUCUAGCCGCCACUACUCUAGCUACUGCAGUGAUUGGUUCUUAUGUUCCAAGCGAGCCAUGGUCUACCUUGACCCCAUCUGCCACCUAUUCCAAUGGUAUCACUGAUUACAGCGCGAACUUUGGGAUCGCUGUGAAGCCGUUCGCAACUUCUAGCAUCGCCAAGAGGGACGCCGUCUCUCAGAUCGGCGAUGGUCAGAUUCAAGCUACUACUGCUACUAGCGCCGCCGCCGUCUCCCAAAUCGGCGAUGGUCAGAUCCAAGCUACCACUGCCCCAGCCGUCUCUCAGAUCGGUGACGGUCAGAUCCAAGCUACCACUGCCCCAGCCGUCUCUCAGAUCGGUGACGGUCAGAUCCAAGCUACUACUGCCCCAGCUGUCUCUCAAAUUGGCGAUGGCCAAAUUCAAGCUACAGGAACCACUACUCUAGCUCCAAUUUCUCAAAUCGGUGACGGCCAAGUUCAGGCCACUACCACAGGUGCCGCCUCUCAGAUCAGCGACGGUCAAGUGCAAGCCACUACUUCUGCUUCGAUAAAUUACAACAAAGGCAACAGCAGCGAUCCAGUCAAGCUGAAAUCAUGCAAGAACGACGGUACCUUGCAAAUGACUCUAAAGGGCGGUAUCUUGACUGACGGUAAGGGUAGAAUCGGCUCCAUCGUUUCAAACAGACAAUUCCAGUUCGACGGUCCACCACCACAAGCUGGUGCUAUCUACGCCGCCGGCUGGUCCAUCACCCCCGCUGGAAACCUGGCUAUCGGUGACGAAGACACCUUCUACCAAUGUUUGUCCGGUAACUUCUACAACUUGUACGACCAAAGUCUAGGCGAGCAAUGUCAUCCAGUACACCUAGAGGUCAUUGAUCUGGUCAACUGUUAA